AUGGGCGAGGACACGGACACGCGGAAAAUUAACCACAGCUUCCUGCGGGACCACAGCUAUGUGACUGAAGCCGAUAUCAUCUCCACUGUUGAGUUCAACCACACCGGAGAGCUGCUGGCCACAGGCGACAAGGGUGGCCGGGUUGUCAUUUUCCAGCGGGAACCAGAGAGUAAAAAUGCAGCUCACAGCCAGGGCGAGUAUGACGUCUACAGCACCUUCCAGAGCCACGAGCCGGAGUUCGACUACCUCAAGAGUCUGGAGAUAGAGGAGAAGAUCAACAAGAUCAAGUGGCUCCCACAGCAGAAUGCAGCCCACUCCCUGCUCUCCACCAACGAUAAAACUAUCAAAUUAUGGAAGAUUACUGAACGAGAUAAAAGGCCUGAGGGAUAUAACCUAAAGGAUGAAGAAGGAAAGCUUAAGGACCUGUCCACGGUGACGUCGCUGCAGGUGCCCGUGCUGAAGCCCAUGGAUCUGAUGGUGGAGGUGAGCCCACGGAGGGUCUUCGCCAACGGCCACACCUACCACAUCAACUCCAUCUCCGUCAACAGCGACUGCGAGACGUACAUGUCGGCGGACGACCUGCGCAUCAACCUCUGGCACCUGGCUAUCACUGAUAGGAGCUUCAACAUCGUGGACAUCAAGCCGGCCAAUAUGGAGGACCUCACGGAGGUGAUCACGGCGUCAGAGUUUCACCCCCACCAUUGCAACCUCUUUGUCUACAGCAGUAGCAAGGGCUCCCUGCGACUCUGCGACAUGCGUGCAGCCGCCCUGUGUGACAAGCACUCCAAACUGUUCGAAGAGCCCGAGGACCCCAGUAACCGCUCCUUCUUCUCGGAGAUCAUCUCCUCCGUGUCGGAUGUGAAGUUCAGCCACAGUGGCCGGUACAUGCUCACCCGGGAUUAUCUCACGGUCAAAGUCUGGGACCUGAAUAUGGAGGCGAGGCCCAUAGAGACCUACCAGGUCCAUGAUUACCUUCGGAGCAAGCUCUGUUCCCUGUAUGAGAACGACUGCAUUUUCGACAAGUUUGAAUGUGCCUGGAACGGGAGCGACAGCGUCAUCAUGACAGGGGCCUACAACAACUUCUUCCGCAUGUUUGACCGGAACACCAAGCGCGAUGUGACCCUGGAGGCGUCGAGGGAGAGCAGCAAGCCCCGGGCCGUGCUCAAGCCGCGGCGCGUGUGCGUGGGCGGCAAGCGCAGGCGGGACGACAUCAGCGUGGACAGCCUGGACUUCACCAAGAAGAUCCUGCACACGGCCUGGCACCCGGCCGAGAACAUCAUCGCCAUCGCGGCCACCAACAACCUGUACAUCUUCCAGGACAAGGUGAACUCCGAGAUGCACUAGGUGCGCGUGGAGCCCCGUCCUGGACACGAGCAGCGCAGCCCGGAGCGGCCCUGUCCCUCCGUCCCAGGCGGCCUCUGCUGGUCACACUCUCUGUUUGGAAACAGGAGUCAGGAGGGCUCAUAGCCACAGACCGUGAAAUGGACGUGAUCGUGGCCUUGGGGUCCAGGCCCUUCAUUCCCGUACUUAACCGUGAGCUGCCUGUUCCACGAUUAGGACUUAGACAUCUCCGGGUUCAUGCUUCUCUUCUUCCAGCAGCAACUUUCAGGGGAAGUGGGCAUCCUGGGCACCCCCCUCCCCCGGGCCCUAGAUCAGGGCUCUGGGGACAGAGGACAGACUCAAGCCAGCCAGGGAUUCUUUUGGUUAUCAAUGGAGCAAUUUCCACUGUCUCAGAGCCGAGGGUCUUCCCUUGGCCUUUUGGAUCGUGAAUUCAUGCUGAGAAUUGGCAGGUGCAAGCUCCUCUUUUAGGGUCUUUUAGUGUCUUUCAAUACCCCAGGUCCGGCGUUUCCUGAGAGGAAAGGGGGCACUGAAACCCGCCUGUGUGUGUGUGCUUGUUCUUCUCACCGUGUACCCAGCCUUUGCUGAGCGUGGGCCAGGGGCCAGGCACGGUGCUCGGCCCGUUAGGCGCGUGGAUUCAGUCCCCACUCCGCGGGGCUCUCCUGUCCUGCUUCACGGUCACUGGGCACCUCGUGGGAGCUCACAUGGGCCCUGUCCGUGACCCUGUAAGGUGGGUGUCCGUUCACUUACUCCAUAAACACCAGCCCCUCACUGAGUGCCAGGCUCUGUGCCAGGCGCCAGGGACGAAAGGUGAAUAAUUAUCAUCCCCACUAUACACACGAGGCAACGGGCCCCGACAGAACGAACAGUUUGUCCAAGGCACGCAGCGACCAAGUGGUGGAGUCAGGAAUCCCGAGCACUGGGCGCUUUCCGAUCCACCACGUUGGCGGCUCGUGUUAAAGCAGUGUUCUUGCCUGGAAGGUUCUGGAAACACCUCUUCAUCUUAGGAGGUGGGCGAUGACGAGGGUCCGGGGCGACCCGAGCCGCAGCACGGAGAAUGGAGAAGACCCCGGUGGUGCCAAGCUCUGUGUGGUGACUUCAGACCCCCACCCUCUUGGGGGCGCCUCGCUGCACCCACAUCUGUACCCCAGCCCCUUGUUUAGGUGCACUGAGCUGCCUCCAGGAGGAAAUUGCAUGUUAUGACCAUUUCAAGAUACAUUUUCUUUAACGACCUGGCCUCGGAGGACUCUUUCCUGAGGGCCUCAGAGAAUGCCUGUCUCUGCAGCACCUGCUCCUGCCACGUGGUCAUGGAGACCGUCUCGCCCAUCCCCCUACUCAUCUUCUCUGCCUACGAUUACAGCGAACCACUGGCUGUGCGUGGGAUUCAGAGAACAGAGUGCAGAGGCCGAAGCCAACAUUUUUUUUUUUUUUACAAGAAGUAACCCAACCCAGGAAACAGACCCACCCGAGAUUUUUCUCAGUGGAUAAUGGUAUACUUUCGUGUGUGUCAAAGCACAAAACGCAUGUGCAUUCACUUCUGGCCAUAUGAUAUUUACACAAGGAAAUGAGUCCAUUGUUUCGUUUUGGGUUUGUUUUUUAAAUCAACAUGAAUGAAGAAUGUUUGUUUAUAUAUCACUGUAAAAUCCAGGUGACCUGGACAGUAUUAUAUGUACAUAUCUAUUCUAAUUAAAAUUAACAAUCACAGGAUUGGAUUCCUUUCUUCCCCCCCUUUGUAAAGAGGUUCAAGAAUGUGGUACCUUGUAUAGAAAACUUGUUGAAGCCAAAAUCCAGCUCUGAGGGCCUUACACAAUUACGCGGAUAUUUGGCACAAUCCGUUUCCCUUUGUGAUUCAGAUGCUAAGAGGAGACUUGCUUUUGCAGCUGGAGGUUACUGUCAGAUCGUAGAUUUCACAUUUACCGUCUACAGAGUAACAACCCUUAACACUACAUUCAAAGGGAGGUCUUAAUACAGUUCCUGGUUCUUUACUCCUGUUUUAAACUUUGGAUACCAAGCCAAAAAGGAAAAGAAAGAAAGAAAAUGAUCUUAGAGGAAAAGCAUGUCUUCAGAUUCCUGGAAAAUCGUGAUAUCCAAAGCAAGUUGUGAAUAAUGACACAUGUUGGGGGUGGGGGGCAAGACUAGAUGUAUGUGGCAGACGGGCCAGUAAAAUAGUCACAAACUCUGCUUCUUACUGUUUAAAUUUUCUGCUCUUCUUGAAUGUAUGAGCGUUCACAUAGUCAUUGUGAAGUUGUUGGGUUGUUCUGUUUUUAUUCUAAUACUCUGAGGACUGAGCUCCCGGUGGCGUUGGGUAUUGUGGUGGUAGGUAGACAGACCUGAUCACUUUGGAUUCCAUAGCUCAUGGGUGCAUUCUGGUUUUCUUCGGUAUCUCAGAUUAUUCAACUGUUGAAUAAAAUUAUAAAUAUGUUAAUACCAGCUUUUUCCAAUAAAAUAACAAAUGUUA